UCCGCUCGCGCCGGGAGCGGGUUAAUUUCAAAUCCGGGGUUUGACUGCUCCAGGACGGUCACACUCUCUCUGCCCGCCCGCCGACCCGCCAGUCCUGGUCCAGGCGCUUCCCUCCCGCACCCACCUCGGAGCGGCGGAAAGACUGACAGACCGCCAGACACGCGGACUCCCAGGCCUGGGCUGGGAAAGGGUGCGGAGGAGUCCCCGCUCAGCCCCUGCCGGCUCCAACUGUGAGGUGGACUGACAGCUCCCCAAGACUUCACUGCUGAGCAUGUGCAUGUGUGUGCAAGGGGAGAAAUUCGAGCAUCUAGAUGCAGACGCGUGUCCAGAGACUUGGGUUCUUGUGUGCUCAGCCGGAACCUGGGCUCGUGCGCUCAGUCCGGAGCCCUGAUCUGUGGACAGGAUAUUAAAACUUUAGUAGAAUUGAUUGGACUACUUGAACCAUCACAAUUUGGGGAGGAACUCCAGAGUUUUCAUUUUAAAAGAAACACUAAAUGUUUGAGAAAUUAACUGAAUGGAGAACGAAAAGGAAAAUCUCUUUUUUGAGCCACAUAAAAGGGGACUGAUGAAAACACCCCUCAAAGAAUCCACGAAGGUGAAUAUAGCGCUGGCAGAGAUCCAGCCUGACUUUGGCCCUUUAACCACGCCCACCAAGCCCAAGGAAGUCUCCCAGGGAGAGCCAUGGACACCAACAGCCAAUCUGAAAAUGCUCAUCAGUGCUGUGAGCCCUGAGAUCCGGGACAGAGAUCAGAAAAGGGGAUUGUUUGACAACCGAAAUGGAUUACCUGAGGCCAAAGACUGUUUACAUGAACACUUAUCUGGAGAUGAAUAUGAGAAAUCCCAACCAAGUCGAAAAGAGAAAAGUUUAGGAUUGUUGUGCCAUAAGUUCUUAGCACGAUAUCCUGACUAUCCCAACCCUGCUGUGAAUAAUGACAUCUGUCUUGAUGAAGUAGCAGAAGAACUUAAUGUUGAGCGUCGACGAAUUUAUGACAUCGUGAAUGUCCUAGAGAGUUUGCACAUGGUGAGCCGCCUCGCCAAAAACAGGUACACAUGGCACGGGCGACAUAACCUCAACAAAACCCUUGGGACUCUCAAGAGUGUCGGGGAAGAGAAUAAGUAUGCCGAGCAGAUUAUGAUGAUCAAAAAGAAAGAGUAUGAACAAGAGUUUGACUUUAUCAAGAGUUACAGUAUAGAGGAUCAUAUCAUCAAAUCAAACACUGGCCAAAAUGGACACCCGGACAUGUGUUUUGUUGAACUCCCUGGAGUGGAAUUUCGGGCAGCUUCUGUAAACAGCCGCAAAGACAAGUCCUUAAGAGUGAUGAGCCAGAAAUUUGUGAUGCUGUUUCUGGUGUCAACGCCUCAGAUAGUAAGCCUAGAAAUUGCUGCCAAGAUUUUAAUUGGGGAGGACCAUGUGGAAGAUUUGGAUAAAAGCAAGUUUAAAACAAAAAUUAGAAGGUUGUAUGAUAUAGCUAAUGUUCUGAGUAGCCUGGAUCUUAUCAAGAAAGUUCAUGUUACAGAGGAAAGAGGUCGAAAACCAGCUUUUAAGUGGACAGGCCCAGAAAUCAGUCCAAAUACCAGUGGCUCCAGCCCAGUCAUUCCUUUUGCCACCUCUGAUUUGGAAGUAAGGCGGUCUGCAAAAGAGAACUGUGCCAAAAACCUCUUUUCCACACGUGGGAAGCCAAACUUUACUCGGCACCCAUCUCUCAUCAAACUGGUAAAAAGUAUAGAGAAUGAUCGGAGAAAGAUAAAUUCUGCUCCCAGUAGCCCUGUCAAGACCAACAAAGCUGACAGUUCUCAGAAUUCUACAUCCUUCCCAAGUAAAAUGGCUCAGCUCGCGGCUAUUUGCAAAAUGCAGUUAGAAGAGCAAUCAAGUGAACCCAGAAAGAAAGUGAAAGUACAGCUAGCAAGAUCUGGGCACAGCAAAACAGGGACCCCUCUGGAUACCCCAAUGAAUGCUGAGCUGGAGCUGACAACACCGUCCCUCAUCCAGCCCCUGGGGGUGGUCCCCCUGAUCCCUAGCCCGUUGUCACCGGCAGUGCCUGUAAUCCUACCUCAGGCCCCUUCAGGCCCAUCCUAUGCCAUCUACUUGCAGCCCACCCAAACCCAAGCCAUGACGCCACCCCAAGGGCAGAGCCCAACAGUCUGUCCCACCCACUGCUCUAAAGCUACUGGAUCAAAAGACUCCACAGAUGCUACCACUGAGGCCACCAGUGAUGCCACAAAGUCCAGUGCCUCCUCCAGACCUGGAAGCUUGCUGCCAGCAUCAGACAGACAAGGAGCAAAGAACCGAAACAGGGAGGCAGUUGGAGAAAAAGGCUCAAAGAGGGCGAGCAUGCUCGAGGACAGUGGUUCCAAAAAGAAAUUUAAAGAGGACCUAAAAGGACUUGAAAAUGUCUCCACAACCCUGUUUCCAUCAGGAUACCUAAUCCCCCUCACCCAGUGCUCACCCCUGGGGGCAGAAUCAAUUUUGUCUAGUAAAGAAAACUCAGGUGCACUUUCCCCAAACCACAGGAUCUACAGCUCCCCGAUCGCAGGUGUUAUUCCAGUGACAUCCUCUGAACUCUCUGCUGUUAAUUUCCCCUCUUUUCAUGUAACACCUUUGAAGCUAAUGGUCUCACCAACUUCUGUGGCAGCUGUACCUGUUGGGAAUAGCCCGGCUCUCGCUUCGACCCACCCCAUUCCCAUCCAGAACCCAAGCUCAGCCAUUGUGAACUUCACCCUGCAGCACUUGGGACUCAUCUCCCCCAGUAUGCAGGUGUCUCCCAGCCCUGGGCCUGGAACCAGUACCGUUCCUGUGUCCCCAAGAAUAGAAUCAGUUAGUGUUGUACCAGAAAAUGCAGGUUGUCAGCCAGGAAGGACCACCAGUUACGAAUCACCAGUUCCAAGCCAGAGCCAACAGAAUGGACAAUCAGUUGCUAUGACAGGGAUUCAACAGCCCAUUCCUGUGACACCCAAAGGGUCACAAUUAGUGGCCGAAAGUUUCUUCCGUACCCCCGGUGGACCAACCAAGCCAACCAGCUCAUCCUGCAUAGAUUUUGAUGGUGCUAAUAAAACAUCCUUUGGAGCCCUCUUUGUCCCACAGCGAAAACUGGAAGUCUCAACGGAGGAUGUCCACUAAUUAACAAAUGUUGGCUUAAUUUAAUUUUCUAAAGAGUUAUUUAAUAAGAAAAGAUGUACACAGACUGUUUUGAAGAACAUAAUCUCUGAAAAUACUGUAAAUACGCUGGGGUUUCCUCAAUGUCAAAGCAGAUACUUGUUUUCUUACUUAAAUAUACAUGCACACAAAACAAAUAUAAUUGUGUAAUGCCAAGUUCAGCCAUCAGUCCUAUAAAAUAAAAGUCAAUGUUGAACUAAGGUAUAUUAACUUUUGGGGUAGGGAGAUUCAUUAUUUCAGUUGUGCCUAUACUAUUAUGCAAAGUAAAUGUAUUGAAGUUUACUUCCCUUUGAGUAAAUGUUUAAUAUGUCUAACAUGGCAUUCUCUUAAACUUUUUGCACAAAGACAAAGCUGUGUAAUGUAUAAUUUUGUAUUUUUACAUAGGAUGCCUAUAGCUAUAUUUUUUGUAAUUCCUUUAAUCCGUUGUUGCAGUAUGUCUUUGUAGAGUUUGCAACAAUCCUCAAUC